GGAGGCGGCGUCUCCUGCGGGACAGAGGCGGCUGGGCGGCCGCGCGCGGCGUGGGGCUGGCGAAGGCAGGCGAGGAGCGCCUCGCUUGGCACCGGGCGGUGACUGACAGCGGCGGCGACAGCGGCUCCGGACCAGCGCGGUCCCCGCGUGCGCACACGCACACGCCGCCACGCAGACACAGGACCCCGGCCGCCUGCGGCCACACUGACGCGGAGACCCGCGCAGCGCGCGCCCCUCGGCGCACGGCUUCAUCCCCGCGCGGCGCCCGGCGCGGACUCGCUGGCUGCGCGCCCUCCCCGCGGAUUCUGCCCCGCGCCUACCCGCAGCCCCGCGGCCCGGCAGCCAGGCCCGCAGCGAACAGCCCGUGGACAUCUGGAGGCUGACUGCAGCUGCUGGGAACGGGAGGCCAGUGUGCUGGCUGAGAAGCACCAUGGUCAGCGUCCCGCAGGUCUCCCUAGCUGCUGUCCUCUUACUGCCUGUGGCCAUCACCAUGCACUCUGACUGCAUCUUCAAAAAAGAGCAAGCCGUGUGUCUGGAGAAGAUCCAGAGGGCCAACCACCUGCUGGGCUUCAACGAUUCCUCCCCAGGCUGCCCUGGCAUGUGGGACAACAUCACAUGUUGGAAGCCUGCCCAUGUAGGUGAGAUGGUCCUUGUCACCUGCCCUGAGCUCUUCCGAAUCUUUAACCCAGACCAAGUCUGGGAGACCGGAACCAUCGGAGAAUUUGAUUUUGAUGACAGUAACUCCUUAGAUCUCUCAGACACUGGGGUGGUGAGCCGGAACUGCACAGAGGAUGGCUGGUCGGAGCCCUUCCCCCAUUAUUUUGAUGCUUGUGGGUUUGAUGACUAUGAACCUGACACUGGGGACCAGGAUUAUUACUACCUGUCGGUGAAGGCCUUGUACACAGUUGGCUACAGCACUUCCCUUGUCACGCUCACCACUGCCAUGGUCAUCCUGUGCCGCUUCCGGAAGCUGCACUGCACCCGCAACUUCAUCCACAUGAACCUAUUUGUUUCCUUCAUGCUGAGGGCGAUCUCUGUCUUCAUCAAAGACUGGAUCCUGUAUGCUGAGCAGGACAGCAAUCACUGCUUUAUCUCCACAGUGGAAUGCAAGGCUGUCAUGGUUUUCUUCCACUACUGUGUGGUGUCCAAUUACUUCUGGCUCUUCAUUGAGGGCCUGUACCUCUUCACGUUGCUGGUGGAGACCUUCUUUCCUGAGAGGAGAUAUUUCUACUGGUAUACCAUCAUUGGCUGGGGGACCCCUACUGUGUGUGUGACUGUGUGGGCUACACUGAGGCUCUACUUUGAUGACACAGGCUGUUGGGAUAUGAAUGACAGCACAGCUCUGUGGUGGGUGAUCAAAGGCCCUGUGGUUGUCUCCAUCAUGGUUAACUUUGUGCUUUUCGUCGGCAUCAUUGUCAUCCUUGUGCAGAAACUGCAGUCUCCAGACAUGGGGGGCAAUGAGUCCAGCAUCUACUUACGGCUGGCCCGGUCCACUCUGCUGCUCAUCCCACUGUUUGGAAUCCACUACACAGUAUUCGCCUUCUCCCCUGAAAAUGUCAGCAAGAGAGAAAGACUCGUGUUUGAGCUGGGGCUGGGUUCCUUUCAGGGCUUUGUGGUGGCUGUGCUCUACUGUUUCCUGAAUGGGGAGGUGCAGGCGGAGAUCAAACGAAAGUGGCGGAGCUGGAAGGUGAACCGUUACUUCACCAUGGACUUCAAGCACCGGCACCCAUCUCUGGCCAGCAGCGGGGUGAAUGGGGGCACCCAGCUCUCCAUCCUGAGCAAGAGCAGCUCCCAGCUCCGCAUGUCUGGCCUUCCGGCUGACAACCUGGCCACCUGAGCCUCCCCUUUCCCUCUCCACCUUCACAGGCUGGGGCUGUGCGCAGGUGCCUACACAUGUUUGCACCUCUUCCCUCCCCUUGGGUGGGCCCUGGGCAGAAAGGUGGGGGAGAGGGAGGCAAGGUGCGGACUGGUAUUGCCCCUCCUGUUUGGGUACUGGCCCACCCACUGUGGUUUUCCCAGGCCCUCAUUUGAUGUGUAAAUACUUCUCAAGUUUGGAAAGUUGCCCCAUCCCUUCCCCCUCUACCCAGCUCCCUGCUCACUUUAGUCAGGUCCCAACUUCACCCACUCAUUGCAUCUUGGCCAGCCUCAGUGAUGGCCUGACUCAGGCAUGAGGCCUUGUGAGCUGAGGCUGAAGAGACCCUGCUAUGGAGAAGCUGGAGUAGUGCCCACUCUAACACUUCAGUAUUUAAUUUUGGAUGUGGGCCCUUCUCAGCCUGGGAACAGUCCCUAUAGCCAGCCGGAGAUCUGGCUUGGGUGAACAGAAUGUCCUUUAGUGCAGGCCAGCCCUGAGGCUCCCUCAUACUUAUCUGGCAUCUCGGUGACUAGGUACCCAGCUCCUGGAUACCAGGACAGUGGGACA